AACAUGCACACACACACAUACACUUACACACAUACACACACACACACACACGUACACAUGAACACACACACAGGCACGCAUGCACACGCAUGUACACACGCACCAAGCCUACACAUGCAAAGACACACACACACACACACACAGAUUAAAGAUUAUAAUGUAUUGUCUUCCUGCCUUAAAGGAUAAAGCUCUUUCUUGGGCAGUCACUGCCAGCCAGGAACGAGCAGUCGCAGAGGGAGGAGGCAGAGCAGAAGCACAUUCGCACAGAACCAAAGUAGAGUCCGGACCUCACAGCGCAUCGAUGGAGGACCUGUGCCAGUACCUGCUGGUGGCCUUGCCCGUGGUGUGUUUCCUGGUCUGGCUGUGGCGGGACAGCCAGCGGGUCCCCAACAUCACGGAGAAGUACGUCCUCGUCACGGGCUGCGACUCGGGGUUCGGAAACCUCCUGUGCAAGCGGCUGGACCGGCGGGGCUUCCGCGUGCUGGCCGCCUGCAUGACGGAGAGGGGGGCGGACGACGUGCGCCGGGCCGCCGGCCCCAACCUGAGGACCGCGCUGCUGGACGUCACCGACUCCGCCAGCAUCCAGAAGGCCCUGGAGUGGGCCACGAAGGAGGUCGGGGACACAGGGCUAUGGGGCCUGGUCAACAAUGCGGGGCGGUCCCUCCCCAUGGGCCCCACCGAGUGGAUGAAGCCGUCGGACUUCGAGAGCACCCUGCGGGUGAACAUGACGGGCGUGAUCGCGAUGACGCUGGCCUUCCUGCCGCUGCUGAAGAAGGGGCGGGGCCGCGUGGUCAACGUGGCGUCCGUGCUGGGCCGCGUGGCCGCCAACGGCGGGGGGUACUGCAUCUCCAAGUUCGCCGUGGAGUCCUUCUCCGACUGCCUCAGGAGGGACAUCCACUACUUUGGGGUCAAGGUGUGCAUCAUCGAGCCGGGGUUCUUUAAGACGGCCGUGACCAACCUGGAGUCCUUGGAGAGGGAGCUCCAUCGGCUCUGGAACCAGCUCACCCCAGAAGUGCGCGACAGCUACGGAGAGAAGUACUUACUCAACUGUGAGCACACCGCCGCACUCCUCCCGGCAGUUUCGUCUAAAGGAAGGGGCUCCAGACUUACCCGAAAUGGACCAGCGAGGGAGCAGGUUUUCGUUUUAGCCCAGCACUAUGAUACCUGAUUCAAUUAAUUGACUAAUCUUGGCCUCAGUCAAGACCUUGAUACAUAGAAGAAGGUGUCUUAGUGCUGGGCUAAAACAAAGACCUGCACCCACACCGGCCCUUUUCGGAUAAGGGUGGACACCUCUGGUUUAAAGGCUGUAGGACAGUAGUGAGGGGAUGGGAGGGGGAGUGUGGGGGUCUAGACUGUGUAUUGCCCAAACAUCACUGGAAAAGGGAUUUUUUGCCAUAUCACUCACCCCGGUUGAGUAAAAAAUAAAACCAGCACUCCCUCAAGGAAAUGGCAGCAUACACUCUCAGAAAAAAAGGGUUAUUUGCCUGUUCCCGUAGAACACUUUUUAGUUUUUAAUGCACAGAAAAAAAAUGUUUUAUUCAAUAAAUCCAUUUUUUUAACUUCUGUUAGUUACACCUGUAUUUUUAGGCUUUCUCGAUUGAAAACUUUUACGCUCGUUUGAAU